UCCAUUCUCAUCCUCAUGACCUUUCAUCCCGUCAACCUCAGCAGCUAGCGCAGAAUGUGUGACAUGUUUAAGUAACUUAACUGCCCUUGAACUUUGUGACAGGUUACGAAUUGAGAUAUGACACGAAUAAAGUCGCGUAGACGGAAAGAUGCGGGUUGUUAAGUGAAAGUACAUGCCUGCCUACAUAGUAUCUCUCCAGUCAUGGUGGGGAUUUUCCAAAGAACACUAAGACUGAGGACAGCUCUCAGACUUCUGAGCCUCCAUAGCACUUUCUCAUCUACAGCCACAGCCAGACUUUCACCUGUGGACCUCUGCAGUUCAUUUCUUCCCACCACCUCAUGGCAGUUAGGAGUUAGCUGUCAAAAGCUGCACACUGGGGCAGAUGGGCCCAAGCCGUCGCCUGCUGCAGCCCCAGAGAGGCUGCCUUUCUCCAGAAUAACUCCUAAAGAUCUGGCCUUCUUCAGGAAGAUCCUGCCAGGCAGAACCAUCACUGACCCGGACCUGCUGGAGUGGAGUAAUGUGGAUUGGCUCAAGUCAGUGAGAGGUUCCAGUGAAGUGCUGCUGAGACCUCAAACAACAGAGGAAGUUUCUCAAAUUCUCAAGUAUUGUAACAGUCGUAAUCUGGCGGUGAACCCUCAAGGAGGUAACACUGGGCUGGUUGGGGGCAGCGUGCCGGUUUAUGAUGAGAUCAUCCUCUCCACUGCCCUCAUGAACAACAUUCUUACCUUUGAUAGUAUCUCUGGCAUUCUGACAUGUCAGGCAGGUUGUGUUUUGGAGAACUUGUCCCUUUACCUGGAGGAGAGAGACUACAUCAUGCCACUCGAUCUCGGGGCAAAAGGCAGUUGCCACAUUGGGGGAAACGUGGCAACUAAUGCAGGUGGACUCCGGCUGCUGCGAUACGGCUCCUUACACGGGACUGUGCUGGGUCUGGAAGUGGUGUUGGCAGAUGGGCGAGUGCUGGACUGCUUGGCCACACUGAGGAAAGAUAAUACAGGAUAUGACCUCAAACAGCUCUUUAUAGGGUCAGAGGGCACACUGGGGGUUAUCACCGCAGUGUCCAUCCUUUGUCCACGCAAACCCAAAUCUGUUAAUGUGGUUUUUCUGGGCUGUGAGACCUUUGAGCAGCUACUGAAGACGUUUCAGCUCUGCAGAGGCAUGCUGGGAGAAAUUCUGUCAGCCUACGAAUUUCUGGACAGUGAAUGUAUGAGGCUGCUGAAUACGCACCUCAAACUACCCAAUCCCAUCUCUGAUUGUCCAUUCUACGUUGUCAUAGAAACGUCUGGAUCUGACCCAACACAUGAUGGGGAGAAACUCCACAAUUUCUUAGAGGAGGCGAUGACGUCAUCAUUGGUUACUGAAGGGACUGUGGCAACUGAAGACUCAAAAAUAAAGGCUCUGUGGUCAAUGCGUGAACGCGUCACAGAGGCGCUGACUCACGAUGGCUUCAAUUACAAGUAUGACAUCUCGCUUCCGGUGGAGCGGAUCUACCAGCUGGUGACAGACAUGAGGAAGCACCUGGGAGACCGGGCCAAGAGCGUGGUGGGAUACGGACACGUAGGAGAUGGAAACCUCCACUUGAACAUCACUUCACCUGCCAAAGACCCCGCUCUCCUCGCCGCCAUCGAGCCCUUUGUCUACGAGUGGACGGCCAGCUGUCACGGCAGCAUCAGCGCAGAGCACGGACUGGGCCUGAAGAAGAGGAACUACAUCUACUACAGUAAACCCAGCCAAGCUGUGGCUCUGAUGGGUAAUAUCAAGGCCAUGCUGGACCCCAAGGGCAUUCUCAACCCUUACAAGACUUUACCAGACAAACUGAAAUGACCCUGUGAACUGUGUCACUGCUGUGGGGUAGGUGGUUAUGUGUACAGGGCUCAUGCAGGAGCUCCAUUUUAGCUACACCCUUGUUGCCAAAUGUUUUUUAUGGCAGCUCAUGCCCUUUCCUGAUACCUUUUUCCACACAUUUAAUGCAGAGCUGCAGGUUUUGCAGUCAUUUGCUAGGCAAGCUGCAAACACCAAGUGACGUUUGUUUGUUCAGUAUGUAUCCAGAACCGUAAAAAGCAGUUUCGUUGUCAUCUGCAUUACAAAAGCAUUACUUUCAGAAUGACAUCCACUUCGACAAGUUGCUGACUUUGUACUGUAGUGGUCUCUGGACUUGUAUUACAAGUGAAGUUACUGCUAAACAUUAUCAACUACCUCUGCUCCUCACACUUUAGAGUAGCCUUAGUCUGAUCCAGUUGUUAUUCCACAGAAUACUUAACACGUUUUAGAUGUUAAAUUAAGGACACUUUGUAUAAUAGAUGAAAGGCACAGAACAUAUUUUUCAAUAUUGCUGAGAGGAAGUGAGUGAAUGAUCAUGAGUGACAUCUGUAAGCAUUAGUGUGCCUACUAGUAGCCACUAAGGGGCAGACAGAAAACGAGUACAAUAGUGUCUGGAUAGACAGUGUAAGGUCUUGUGCAUUUUAAAAUGGUGUAAAUACUUCCACCUCGCUAUUGCUUUUAAGAAAGACUUUGUGAAAAAUUGUGAACCUAUAAUUUUAAAUUGCAUUUGUAGAAAUACACUCAGUUGCCAGUCCACCUAGCUAAAGCUAAUGCAAUCUAAUACAACAGUCCUGCAAUAAAUCCUCCUUCAUGGUUAUAAUAUUCAGUUUUUGUUGAAACUAUUUUAGAGGUGUUGAUUCAACUUUAUGGUCAUUUUGGAGGCUGCAGUUUUGUGCUUUUGAACUGUAUUGCAUUACACAGAGACAGUUUUCUUUUAUUUAGCCUAUCCUCCUUGAUAUAAAUGAGGUGAACAAAAUAAUGGAAACACCUGUUAUUUUAACACAAUACAACUCAAAAGUAAGGCUGUCGUUUUUGAUACAUGUUUAAAAUGAUAUGAUCUCUGUUAAUUAUACAUGCGAUAGCAUUGAAAGUACUGAAGCGAUAAAUUAUACUAGUAUUGUAUCGAAGUUUAAGAUUCUGGUAUUGUGACAACCUUACUCAAAAGCACCACAAACUGCAGCCCCCAAAAUGAUCAUAAAGUUGAAUCAACACGUCUCUAAAAUCGUUACAACAAAAACCGAUCAUUAUAACCUAUGAAGGUUAGAUUUAUUUCAAGAUUUUGCAUUGGACUGCAUUAGUUUCAGCUAGGUGUACCUAAUGGACAGGCAAAUGAGUACAUCUUUUCUAAAUCAUAACAGAGGCUAGCUAAUCAUUAGGCAAGAGUGCAGUAAAUGUUUUAUUACAUGUAAAAAAAGACAAAGCAACAUUUUUUCCAAAACAAACCCAGCAUUUGUGAACAAAUUCACUUGUAACCACACACCUAGGCAACUUUAUCUGUCUAAAAUGAAUCUUGAAUAAAACAAAUAAAGAUGGA